UGGUUUCAUGAAGCCGGGUCAAUGUCCCAUACCGGAGAUGAUUCCACUAUGUGCUGAAAGCUGUUUCCAUGAUGGCCAGUGUCCUGCCACACAGAAGUGUUGCCCAACCACCGGUGACUUUGCAUGCAGUGAACCACGUGGUCAGGGAAGAGGUCGGGCAAGUUGCCGGGGAAGCGGCCAGGGUCAGGGAAGCGGCCAUGGUCAGGGAAGCGGUCAGGGAAGUGGUUAUGGCCAGGGAAGUGGUCAUGGUCAGGGAAGCGGUCGGGGAAGCGGCCAUGGUCAGGGAAGCGGUUAUGGCCAGGGAAGUGGAAGCGGUUAUGGCCAGGGAAGUGGUCAUGGUCAGGGAAGCGGUCAGGGAAGCGGUUAUGGCCAGGGAAGCGGCCAUGGCCAGGGAAGUGGUCAGGGAAGCGGCCAUGGUCAGGGAAGUGGUUAUGGCCAGGGAAGCGGCCAGUGCCAGGCAAGCGGUCAGGCAAGCGGCCAGGGUCAGGGAAGCAGCCAUAGUCAGGGAAGCGGUUAUGGUCAGGGAAGAGGCCAUGGUCAGGGAAGUGGUUAUGGCCAGGGAAGCGGUUAUGGUCAGGGAAGCAGUUAUGGCCAGGGAAGCGGUUAUGGUCAGGGAAGCAGCCAUGGUCAGGGAAGAGGCCAUGGUCAGGGAAGCGGUUAUGGCCAGGGAAGUGGUUAUGGCCAGGGAAGCGGCCAGGGAAAUGGUCAUGGUCAGGGAAGCGGCCAGGGAAGUGGUCAUGGUCAGGGAAGUGGUCAAGGGAAUGGUCAGGGAUGUGGUCAUUGAAAUGGUCAUGGGAAUUUUGCAUACCACUUACUGGAGAUCUUUUCAAUUCAGUACUUUAUUCAUAUGGCAUGUUUUCCCUGUUUGCUCAAACAGUUUAGAAAGAUUUUGUCCCUCUCCCACCCCCACCUCCUCAAAUAAAAAGAAUUGCUUGAU